UCGAAACGUUGCGAAACACCUCAAGUAGUACCUGCAGUACACUGAAACGUUUUGCAGAAUUUUGAUGAUCCGUUGUUCAUGCUAACUUCGGAAGAAAACCCAGUCAUCCACAAUUUCAACGAACCAAGCCAAACCUAUUCUACUAGCUUUCCACAACAGACGGUGGACUUCAGUGCCUUGGAAAACAAUGUGCGAAUCAUCGACGCCAAUGAGUAUGCUGUCAACAAUCCUCUCUUGCUUGGAGGUCAUCCUUCGCCUGUUACGAAUCGCUUCUCUGGCAACGAAAUCGGUUUAAAUGACAUAGAAUCGACGAUUUUUAUUGAUGAAAGUGCCGGAAUGGGGGUUCCUGACAAGAGUUCCGACUUUUCCAAUGUUACGGAGGAUUGGAUUCAAAAUAAUAACCACGAUAACCCAUAUCAAUCGAAUUCACCCGUGGAAGCUUAUCCAAAAUUGGUAACGGUUCCCAAUGAACAAUGCAUGCCAACAGAAAACUCUGCAUCGACUUUAUCUCUAAGAACUGAACCGUCUGGUAGUAUUCCAUCUACUGCGGAGAGCAACGGUAAGAUAAUUAUUAGAACCGCGACACCUCCGAAAAUAGAAAAGCGUAUCGCUAAACCUAAGGAGAUACACGCAAUCCCUACAAGGAAAAACAGUAGGACCCGCGUUGUUGCUCCAAAGAAGAAGAAUGCCUCUCCUAAAGUUGAAGAAUCAAAAGAGACUAAAAACGCGCUCAAAAGCUCUGCUGAAACAACUUUGCAGUCACCUCCUUCCAAGGGUGCUAAGAUUGCGACAGAAGCUAUGCCGACAUUAGGGCUCACCCUGUCUAGUCAAAUUGAGGCUAAGCUGGAACUUACUAACUUAAUUCAAGAAUACUCACCCAGAAGCGAAGGUAAAGUUCCUGCGGUUCCAACAAAAAUUCUAUGUCACGAGAGACCCCUCGAAAGUCCUGUGGGAAAACCGGCCACUGAGUCAAUUAAAGAGAAUUUGAAUUCGCUUCCUUACAAGAUCCCUAAAAUCGGUGCUGAUAGAAAAAAUAUACCGAAAUUUGACUGCAAUGCACCAACUCAAAUUGACAUUAGCACUGGUCUAACUAAAUUGAACUCUCCACAUCCAGAACCUCAACCAUCUGCCAAUAUUCCAUCUAUUGAGGAGAGCAACAGUAACAAUGUUACUAGAUCUGCGAUACCUCCGAAGAUGCUUGAAAAACGUAUCGCUGAACCUAAGGAGGUAUCCGUCGUCCCUACAAGGAAAAACAGUAAGACCCCCGUUGUUGCUCCAAAGAGGGAACGUCUCUCUUAUAAGGUCGAAGAAACUAAAAACACUAAAAACGAGCUCAAAAGGUCUGCUAAAGGUACUUUACAGCCACCUCCUUCCAAGUUCGCCAAGUUUGCAUCAGGAGCUCGUCAAAUUGAGGCUAAGUUUGAACCGGCUAGCUUAAUUGCAGAAUACUCACCCAGAAGUGACGGUAAAGUUCCUGCGGUUCCAAAAAAAGUUCUAUGUAAUGGAAGACCCCACGAAAGUCUUUUAGGAGAACCAGCCACUGAAUCAAUUAAAGAGAAUUUGAAUUCGCUUUCCUACAAAAUCCCUAAAAUUGGUAUUAAAAAUGUGCCGGAAUUUGACCGCAAUGUGCAAAGUCAAAUUAAGGCCGACAUUGAUCUAGCUAAGUUGAUUGAGAAAACUGAAAAGAAUACAUCCAGAGGCAAAUACAGUAGCCCAACGCCAGAACAUACAACAUCUUCAAGCCAAGUAUUUGCAGCUCGAGUACACACUGACAACAAUACUACUAACAAUUCGGACUCUGUCGUUCAUCAGGCGAUGCAUAACGUAAUCAAACAAGGGAAGAGGAGCUCAAUGUCUAACAAUAAAGGAAAAGAAGUGCCUCAGCCUCAAGCUAAGCCAGGAAAGUCUACAUAUAGCUCAGCGUCUGGAAUAUCACUUGGCUUUAAUCACUCCCAUGACUAUUCAUACGACAACAGAGAUUCCAGAAGCCCGCGAUCGACAUCCGGUUCCAGCUCUGACAAGAAGUCGUCCUCUUCUGCACAUCGCAGCCAAAGUUACUAUCCUGGAUCCCCUUACAAAUCAGUCGACUAUGAACAUCAAGAAAGACCGAGCAAGAUCCGUGAUGCAGGAUCACUAGAAGAAUUAUCGUACUCGAAGGAAAAUGGUAGCAGUAGCAAACAAGGGAAGGCAACAUCAAGGUCCAACAAUCAAGAAAGGGAAGUGACUCAGCCCCAAGCCGAGCCGCGAAAGUCUACACAUAGCUCAGCGUCUGGAAAAUCAAUUGAAUUUAAUCACUCCCAGAAUGCAUACGAUUCUUCUGCACAUCACAGCCAAAAUUACUAUCUUGGAUCCCCUUACAAAUCAGUCGACUAUGAACAUCAAGAAAGACCGAGCAAGAUCCGUGAUGCAGGAUCACUAGAACAAUUAACGUACUCAAAGGAAAAUGGUAGCAGUAGCAAACAAGGGAAGGCAACAUCAACGUCCAACAAUCAAGAAAGAGAAGUGACUCAGCCCCAAGCCGAGCCGCGAAAGUCUACACAUAGCUCAGCGUCUGGAAAAUCAAUUGAAUUUAAUCACUCCCAGAAUGCAUACGAUUCUUCUGCACAUCACAGCCAAAAUUACUAUCUUUCUAGCGGAACCGUUUUCAAAUCGGCUGACUAUGGACAUCAAGAAAGACCGAGCAAUACACGUUAUGCAGAAUCAGUGAAAGAGUUACCUUGCCCAAAGGAAAAAUACGAAACCGAGCAACAUGUCCAGCAAGAGUCUAGUAGUAGUAUCGUUAAUCAGUCGCUGUAUGACGCUAUCAAACAAGGGAAGGGAAGAUCAAUAUCCAACAAUAAAGAAAAAGAAGCACUCCAGCCCCAAGCCAAGCCACGACAAUCUACAUAUAUCUCAGCAUCUGGGAUGUCAGUUGAAUUCAAUCACUCACAGGAUUCUCCAUACGACAACAGGGACUCCUGGAGCUCGCAAUCGACAUCCAGUUCCAAGUCUUACAAGAAGUUGUCCUCUUCUGCUCAUCACAGCCAGAGUUACUAUCCGUCUAGUGGAUCCGCUUACAAAACAGCUGACUAUAAACAUCAAGGAAGACCGAGCCCAAAGGAAACAUACGAAAAUGAGAAACAUGGCCAACAAGGUAGUGGCGGUUCUGAAUGGUACAGGAAUUUUGACCAGUUUUUUGGUGAAGCUUCGCCCUUCCAAUAGCCUAUUUUCAUAUUAUAUAGCAACAAUGUCAAGAGACCUCUUUUAACCUACGAAGAUCGUUCAUUAUGAUCAAAAAACAAUGUAUUUUUGGAAUAUUUUUUGAUGUAAUCGCCGUUCAGCUCGUUGCACUUUUCCACCAUUUCAAGCCGUCAGAAAAGUACGAUUUUUGGAAGGCUUCAUUUGAUGUGGAUCGCUCUUUUCCCAUUUCCCCGCAAAAAAAUAUUGUUUCGUUAUGAAAUACAAAUGAAGCCUUGUGAUGGAUAUAACUCCAAUUGUCACAGUUAUCCUAAUGAGUUAAUGUAUAUGUGCAGUGGGUCAAAAAAGGAUUGACACACCCCAUUUAUUUCUUGAAUGUCACUAACGAAAGGAUGCUUUUUUUACAUUUAAGAUAAAUGUUCGUCAGAGGCUAAAGGUUUGUUCGAACAGUGGUCGGUGACUUGUCAGUGACUGUGUCUGGGAUCCGGCCGUUUAAAUUCCGUCUAUAUACCUUGACAGUGUGAAAGGAAUUUGUGUGACGGCAUCUUGGACACGAUCAUUGAAAGGUUGACGACUGCUGUACGAACAGGCAUUAAAUCUUGGUCUUGCGCCAUAGUGAGUAAAUACGUUUUCUAAAAACUGAUCUUUGAUCAUAUUAAAGCCAUCUCUUCGAUUUCUUAACGACUUAUUGAACGACCCUCGUAGGAUCACUUAAGUAAAACUGAAUUUAUUUGUCAUGUGCCUCAGUUUAGUUGUAAGUUAUACUAAUUCUUCAACUGUCUAAACCAAUAUGAGGCUGUUGCUUUUGGUAUGUCGAAGAUGUCAUAAUUUCGUUACUAGAAAACUCUACGCGGUACAGUGAAUGUGUAUACAGUCCUUGGGCUUUUUAUUUUAGCGUCUAUACGAGAAUCCGAUUUGGGUCUACAGACUACAGAAUAUUCUGGGACAACUCUUUGUACUAUUGUUGAUACGUACUUAGCGGUUUACCAUUUAUCCUUACGUCACUUGCAUAAUAUUUCACACAAUUUUCAUUUAAAAUAAAGAACAAGCGAAGUCAAGAUCAGUAUUUUUUUAAAGAAACAGGAAUGAUUGUGCAUAAACUUAUAUGAUGUUUGUAUAAUGAUAUGUAUAUGAUUACUUUUUGUAUUAAUGUACUGUUUUUUCUCAAUUUUAAAGAACUGUAUCAUAUAAGAUUUUUACAUUGAAC